CAACAGAGACUGAAAUGAUCAAUCAUUCAUGUAAGCGAGGCUUUUAGAAAGAGCAUUCAACAACUUUGCAGAUGUGAGAUGUGAAGCCUACAAUGUUUUCGACUUGAGAGGGGUAAAUGUGAACUAAAUCAUGGAAGUAGGAUCGGAAAGAAUUUCUACUCCGAUUCGGUCACCUUCAGAUAAAGAUUCUGUGAUUUUGAGCCGUGCAAGUGGAGCAAGUUCACCUUUUGGUUUCCGUAAGGCUGCAUUAAGCCCUCCAACUGGCAUUCUACGAAGAGAGUCUUCUGGCUCGUUAUCUCCCGAAGGCGAUGACUUCUUUCAAAACGUUGAAGGUAGAGAUGAUGAAGAAGAUUGGGACACCGAUUUGGAAAUGGACGAAGGCAAAGAAGAGUAUGAUGUGACAGGAAGAGCCACAUAUCUUCAGGCUUGCAGAGAUUCAGGAGUUAUACCAGUUUCUUAUUUUCAUCGAAACUUGCAACAAGCUGACAUUGAUAUCAAACACCAUGGUUUAGGUCCAAUGGGGGCAAAGGCUAUAGCGAUUGCUUUAGUGACUAAUACAGCUGUCAUCAAGCUGAACUUGGCAGAUAACUGGAUCAGUGCUGAGGGAGCUGGGUACAUUGCUGAAAUGCUACGAGAAAACUGCUAUAUUUCUGACUUGGACUUGUCAGAAAACAAACUGGGAAUAAGUGGUGCAGAAUCAGUGAAAGAUAUCCUACUACACAACUCAAAUAUCACAAGAUUUGCUGCAAGUGGAAAUGGUUUUGAUGACAAAGCUGUAGAAAUUCUGGCAGAAGCAAUAAAAAGUAAUAACAGAGUGAAGUAUCUGUGUCUGAGUCAUAAUCAGCUGGGAGAGAAAGGAGGUCAACAUCUUGCUCCUGCAAUAGCGGCAAAUGAUACAAUAGACCAUUUGGAUCUGAGCUGGAAUCACUUGAGAAACAAAGGGGCAUGUGCAGUUGCAUUAUCUCUAAAGGAGAAUAUCACUCUGAAGACUUUAAACCUAGCAUGGAAUGGUUUUGGUAAUGACGGAGCACUUGUCAUGGGUGAAGCAUUGAAAGUAAAUCCUACCUUGAGAGAAUUAGAUCUCACGAAUAACAGAAUAACAGCUGAAGGUGCUGUGUACUUGGCCAAAGGACUAAUGGUUAACACGUGUCUCCAGGUUUUGAAGAUCGGAAAGAACCCGAUGCAAAGUCCUGGAGCGUACGCUAUCGUGAACGCCAUGAAAAAUAACCCGGAAUCAACACUGAUAGAGAUCGAGCUCACGGACAUCACUGUCAACAACGACUUCAUAGAACUGUGUAAAGAAGUACAACAUUUAAGACCUGAAAUGAAGAUCAGUCAUGGUGGGGCGGGAGGUGCCGCCUCCAAACCUAAGCCUCGACCAACGCCCAUGAAGAUAUUAAAGAACUAUAUAGAGGACAAUAAAAUGAGACUGCUGGAUUUAUUUAAUACUCUGGAUAAAGAUAAAAGUAUGAAUAUCACUGUCGAGGAAUUUGCGGAUGGACUAAAGGAAACAGGAAUUGACAUGAAUUACGUUGAGCUGUACAAGCUAAUAGAAGGCUUGGACCGGAACAAGGAUGGUGAAAUUAAUUAUAGUGAGCUGGUGAUGGGUUCUUUGGAGCAACAAAUGGAAGACAGAAAAGAAAAGAUCAAGGAACAGGCACAAAAUGCAAGAAGAAAAAGAAUUUUAUCGCCUGUACCACCACGUUAAAAAUGCUAUCGGUUCUAAGUUAUUCUCCUUUUCAUAAAGGUUUUGAGUUACUAGUAAUUUUCCAGGUUUUUCGCUACUCGACCAGCUAGGUUUUCAUUGCACUAUCAAGAAAUCAGAUGAUCGUCACUUGAUGAGUAGGAAAGAUAAUAACUUGUCUGUUAACCACCCAAGUGUAUAAAUGGGUAGCGGCGAAGUUAAUGCAUUGGAGUAACACUGCGAUGGACUGGCACACCAUCCGGGGGGGAGUAGAAAUUCUCCCAGUCGCUGCGUGGUACAUAGAAACCGGAGAUAAGUGCCGGCCUGAUGGGCCACUUUGCUCGUAUGUACACGUAACCUUCCCUGAUAAAUUGGCUCUUAUAGACUGUGUCGAGAGACUGAUACGAUUACUCACUAAAUUGAACUUCACUCGGUCCAAGUUUAGGUGUACUUAUCAGUGACACGGCGUGUCGCAACUUGUUAUUUCAUCAUCAGGUCAUUCUAACAUCAGUACGUUUAGUUUAAACCGUUAACAAAAGUCGUUUACUUUUCUAUUUAAUGGUUGUACGAGUUAAUCAUUGGUGUGUUGGUUUGCUGUCAAGCGAUCAAAACGGCGGGUGAAAACCUGGUUGCUUUACUCCAGUAAGUCCUUAACCGAAGUUCGCUGAAAAUAAGUCAGCUUUUCUAGCUGACACUUUUGUAUAAUGUGCGUUUGUCGCCGGAUUUCUACUUCUAGACGACAAAAACCGAUCGUAGGCAAAAUAACUUAGUUUAUCAGGCCACAAAAUGACAUUCAAUUUACGUUUGUAAAAUUUCUACACAUACAUACAGGAUAUAAUUAUUUAGAUACGAAAACAAAUUUUCUAAUUUUAGUGAGCAGUAAAUAUAGCUGUAUAUAAAUAUUUUUAUAAAGUUUAGGUAUUAUAAAUAUACGAAGUAAUCAUUACUGUAAGAUUGUUAUAAUUUUCGCGUUUGCUUGAAUCAAGGACGCCUGUUGGUAGCAAAUUCCCGUGGCAGUAUAUGCUUUAAAGCAUCAAUUAUCUUCCAGUUCAGUAAACAGUGGUCGCUCUUGACGUGCUCGGUUCUUCCCAGUCGCUGAGCGAGGGACUUCAGACACUCCAUACUGGUGAUACAGAAGAAAGACAACCGAAUAUCCAGGCGCUUCUUUUCCUCCCACAAGAUUUGGCGCCAAAUUUCUUGACGCCAUCAGAUAACUGACAUACCCGUCACCGACAUAACCGUUUCCAGGUCCUACUCGUCCUUCGCUCUAUCUCGCGAGAGGAAAAGAAUGUCUGCGGAAAAGCAGUAGGCGACGCUACCUUGCGUUUCUCUUGCACAGAAAAGAAACUGAAGGAUGACUCGUGAAGUGAAUUUUAGAUGGAAAUUUUCAGGAUUCAGUCUCAAAUAUAUUCAUCCAAUUUUUCACUGAACAAAAAUCUUUUAUCAACGUAUUUUUCCAUUUCUUGAUGCAGUGCACAAAUGGACGCUGGAGCCAGCGUCAGAUUCUUUUUGAGGCCUAGAUGCGGUACACUUUACUGAAAACCAACCUCCCAACAAACUAUUUAUCCACUUUAGUAGACAUUCUCCAGCUCGGACGGGCACUCUAGGCAAUUAAAGUUCACUACUAAAUUUUGUGUUCAUCGGGGUAGAGACACUAUUUAACAAUUAGACCCGUACCAGUUCCUGAACUCUCCUUUCUUCCCGCCCCAUAAAGGAGCUGAACCCGGGCGGGCGAAAAGACUCUUCUUUUCGCCCGCCCGGGUUCAGCCCCUAUAUGGAGCGGGAAGAAAGGAGAGUUCAGGAACUGGACUAUUAGACCCGUAGCCCUUGCGGGCUACGGGUCAAUAGCCCAUGAGGCCUCGCCUUCGCCUUAACUUCGCCUUUUAAGAACAUUAGAUUUCCGCGAGGCAACUAUCGGCCCAUAGUUCCUGACCAGAAACUGUUGUUUAAUUAUAGUUCACCACUAAAUUUUCUCGGACUCUUAUUGGUUUAAUUUGAUCACGAGACGUGAUAGUGUUCAUCCGAGGAGAGACACCAUUUAAACAAUGGAGUGUUUCUGUCGAGGAACUAUCGGCUGAUAGUUGCCCCGCGGAAAUUUGAUGUUCUUAAAACAAAUAUUUACCCGAGAAGCGACUCUUCGACGGCAAAUAUGCUAGUUUUAAGAACAUCAAAUUUCCAAGGGGCAACUAUCAGACUAGCCUGCGUAGCAAGCGUUUCCGUGGGGUUUGGAAGCAAAGAAAGACCGAGGAACGGGAAUUUCGAUGUUUUGCCUGCGAGGAAAAUGGGGCGAGAGCCAAAAACAAGAAAUGUAAUUGUUUGC